AAAGACAUCAUCAAAUGUUUUAGUUGUUACACGAUGUAUCUCUAAAAUUUCAAGUGCAGUUGUGGGCAACUGUGGAAAGGCAUAAACCCACCAUCAACAAGGUGAAUUGACAAGCUGCAGCGAGAUGGAGUGACGGUAAGGAAUGACGAUGAGGAGCAAGAACAAGCCAUCCGAUGAGAGAUCUCUAACUUCUAGGCUGCCAAUGUAUGAUCAAGGACUCCUGAAGAAUGCAACGUCCUACCUGUUCACAAGGUUCCCCCAGAAUUGGACGCCUAAAAGACUCUGGCACUUAUUUGCCACCUACGGUGUUGGCCUUGGAAGAAUAGUUGAUGUGUUCAUUCCUAAAAAGAAAGACAGGAGAGGAAACAGCUUUGGAUUUGUCAGAUUUGCAGGGGUCAAAAACAAAGGAAAGCUAGAAAAAUCACUCAAAAUGAUCUGCUUUGGUACAGAAAAACUCAGAGUUACUCAAGCCAUAGAGAGAAAACCUCCCCAGUCUACUCCAACCCCACCUCGUCAUCUCCCCCCUCCCCCACUUCCUGAAACUUUCAAGUCAAAAACCUUUGCUGAAGCCCUCCUCCAUGGCCCAAGCGCCUCAAAUGCACUUAACACAAAGCCCCAGCCACAACAAUCAGUUUGCAUGGAUGAAUUUACAGCAGCGAAGUCCAUCCUGGAAAUGGGAGAAGAAAUGGAGGAUUCUAGCUGGCUCUGCAAUUGCGCGACGGGCGAGGUUCAUGCACCCAACCUUAUCCCUGGCUUACAACAAACAUUUUGGGAAAAUGGCUUCUCAGACAUCACGACAGUGCCUAUGGGUGGCAACAAAAUCCUCUUGAAAUGUGACGAUGAGGAUUCAAUAAACCACUUUAUCUCAAAAGAAGAAAACUGGUGGGGUAAAUGGUUUAAAAGGAUUAAGCCGUGGAGCCCAUCAGAUGUAGCAGAAGAAAGACUUGCUUGGAUUCGAGUCACGGGCCUCCCUUUGCAUGUCUGGAACCAAAGAAGCUUUGAAAAAAUUGGAAAUUUCUUGGGUAGCUUCGUCCUGGUGGAUCAAUUUACUAUUAAUAAAGAAUGCUUGGAUGCUGCUAGAAUCCUAAUUUCAAUAGUUGAAAUAGGCCAGAUUGACAAGGAGAUCUCUAUCAAAGUCCGAGACCAUCUGUACUCUUUAAAAAUCAUGGAAGAUCGUUGGCGAACUGAUCCAUGGUGGUUAAAGGCUUCAAGUGUAUAUGAAAGUGAUGAAUUUGGGUUUGAUGAGCAAUCAGAGUAUGAGUCUGACCGUCUAUCCGGUGGCUGGAGUCUCCCCUUCGAUGAAGAAAUUGAACAGCCAAAACAAAUUGAAAAAGAGCCGUUACUGGAAUUAAUGGCACUGCUAAUUGAAUCUGCUAAUUCCAAGAGUAACACUGCACUAAGUAAUGGUGUGAUUGCAUUGGGAAAGCUUGCUGUGUCAGAGAACAGAGGCAGAUCUAAUGAUGAAUCCCAGCAAAUCUCUACACCCUCUCUUAGAACAAAUUCAUCUAACAAACAUGUUGACCCCACAAGCCCACUUCAAGCCCACGAGAAUUCACACAAAGCUCAGUGUAGUUUGGGCCUCAGCAUAAAUGCAGAUGACCUUUUGUGCCAGGAAAAUCAAGAACCUAGCCCUCACCAGAAUUCCAAAAUCCCAAAACUCAUCACUUGCUUACAUCGUGGAAUUUGGAAAAAAUCAGUUAAAGUAGGGAAGUGGCGUAAGAGACAAUCGCAGAAGGCAAGGGUUCUUGGUCCUUCCUUGUCAGACAGCCUCAUGGAGAAGGGAAGCAGUAUUAGUGCAAAAGAAGUCGAUGAACUGGAUAUAAGGAGAUUUGUGGAGUUUGGUUGACAACUGGGUCUUUGCUUUGUGGGCGAUGAAGAAGUCUUUGCUUCAAAAUUUCGUGAAAUUGAAGAGCGUGACAAGGGAUUGCUUAAGUCUUAAAUUUGGGCUUCUCCCUUACCAGAGGCAUUAUUCAUAAUGAAGGUUAUUUCAUUCA